AUGCUGGGCGUCGUGGAGCUGCUGCUCCUGGGGGCGGCGUGGCUGGCGGGCCCGGCCCGCGGGCAGAAUGAGACGGAGCCCAUCGUGCUGGAAGGCAAGUGCCUGGUGGUGUGCGACUCCAACCCCACGUCCGAUCCCACGGGCACAGCUCUGGGCAUCUCUGUACGCUCUGGCAGCGCCAAGGUGGCUUUCUCUGCCAUCAGAAGCACCAACCACGAGCCGUCCGAGAUGAGUAAUCGCACUAUGAUCAUCUACUUUGACCAGGUACUAGUGAACAUCGGGAACAACUUUGAUUCAGAACGCAGCACUUUCAUCGCCCCGCGCAAAGGGAUCUACAGUUUUAACUUCCACGUGGUUAAAGUCUACAACAGACAGACCAUUCAGGUGAGCCUCAUGUUAAACGGGUGGCCAGUGAUUUCAGCCUUUGCUGGUGACCAGGACGUGACCCGGGAGGCCGCCAGCAAUGGAGUUCUAAUCCAGAUGGAGAAAGGCGACCGAGCAUACCUCAAGCUGGAGCGGGGGAACUUGAUGGGGGGCUGGAAGUACUCGACCUUCUCCGGAUUCCUGGUGUUUCCCCUCUGA